AUGAAUUACGCACGGAUCUUGUCGCUCGCUCUCCUCUUCAUUUGCCUCAUCAGCUCCUUGGCAUUGGCGAGGUUCGUGUACAUCCUGCCAUCCCGUGUCAGAGCGCGAGGGCCACCCACAUCGGAUCGCAGACCGAAUCAUCGGAGAUGCAGCGUGGCCAUCUUCCUCGGCAGCGGUGAGUUGCAGGCUGUGUCAAAACAAGCGAAGGGGAGCCUGGUCAGUCAGUGAUAGGUGCCAGUGGAGGCAGAGCCAGUAUCGCUGUGCAUUUUCAAGUCCCACCUUUCAGCUGACUCGAGCAAGUCUCGACCAUCUGCUCUCGAUGAAUGCAGGCGGACAUACAGCCGAGAUGCUGAAAUUGGUCAGCGCGCUCUCGCCAGCUCGUUAUGGACCUCGAGUGUACCUCAUUUCCGGAACAGAUGCAUUCAGUCGCUCAAAGGUCCAAAGCUUCGAGGCGAGCAUGAGCGCGGCCCGUAGCGCUGCGGCGGCUGCCUCUGGCGCUGAAGGGGAUGACGGCGAAGCCAGCGACUAUGCGGUGAAAGUGCUUCCACGCGCCAGAGCGGUCAAGCAAAGCUUUCUCACCUCGCCCAUCACGACGAUCAUCUCCUUUGCAGCUUGCUUUCAGCUCAUCGUUUUGCCUGUCAUCAAGGCUCGGCUAGGCAUGGCGACGAGUGCAGGCGCUCAGGGCGACGCACCGCUUUCCGCCGACACUGCGGCAAUGUUCAAAACACACGCUUUCGACGUAGUGCUCAUGAACGGCCCAGGAACUUGCGUACCGCUGGUAGCUGCAGUGUACGUCUUGCGCGUGAGUCUUCAUGCUGCAUCGCUCCCUUUUGUGGUGCGCAAAAGAAUGCUAACACGCUCAACGGUCCCUCUUGACAGUUUGUCGGUAUGCCGUCUCCCAAGCUCUUAUACGUGGAGUCCUUUGCUCGCGUAAAGUCUUUGAGCCUGACGGCGAGGAUCUUGAGGCCCUUUGUAGAUCGCUUCGUUGUGCAGUGGCCAGAGGCGGCAGGCAAAGCGGGUCACAGCGACGGCGCGGUCUGCACAGGCUGGUUGGUGUAA